CACCUCGUCAUAUUCCCCAGCUCAAAUCUGGGCCAACUCGAUCCGCGUCCACCCAGCACCAGCGGCAGGGCAGCCGCUCUUCCGGCCCCAAAAUCAGUCCUCCUCGCACGCAUUAGCACACAGCGAUCUCUUUUUCUUUGGAAUCCUCCGCCGCACUCCAAAUCCAAGCUAUUUUUCCUACAGAACUUUUGAUUGCAGAUCUAUCUACUCUACUCACUCCUUUUCCUCUGUCUCGCUCCAACUGAUUAAACUACAGGAGUGAAGUAAGCAGCGGUUUGUUAGGGUGGUGGCGAAGCUGCUUCCUGCCGGUUGCCGGAGCUUCUGCAGUCAAUUGCUUCAAACAGAGCUGAUUACGGUGCUCAUCAGCAACAGAUUUUAGAAACUUAAACUCCAAAAGUAAGAUGAUACAACACUCUCUUGCUGAAUUAUGUGAUUGGUUUCUGAAAAAAGCCAGUAAAAUUAAUCAUCUUACUUAACUUUGCCUUCAAAAAUCAGAAGCUGCUUUUAUAGGUUUUCCAUGGCACCAAGUAAGAAGGGGCCCCGCAAAGUUGUUGGGCCAAUGUCCGGAGCGCAUAUUGAGUCCACUAAUAGUUUGAACCCUGCACUACAGUCAAGCUCUCAAUCUUAUCAGACUUGCCCCAGUCAUUAUUCAAAGCCUCCAGCACAUAAAUUCAUUGGGGCAAUGCCUGGAAUACGCAUAGACCCUACAUCUAGCUCAAACUCUGUUUCUCGACCUAAUUGUCAAGCGAAAUCACAUGACUCCAAUUCAAAUUCAAACUCAGCUUCUAGCUUUAUUGCUGCUUCUCAGUUCAACUCUAAAGCCAAUUCAAGAGCAUGUAUUUCACUCCUUAUAGGAGGCACAGGUCAUGGCUAUUAGCACACUGUCCUGCAAGAGUUGAGGAGGAUCAAUGGCCUAUUUUGGUUGAUUAUUGGAGCUCAGAAGAUGUCAAGAAGCAAAGCAAGAUUAAUAGCAAGAAUCGAAAAAAAUAAAAGAUGCCACAUCGAACAGGGCGAAAAGAUCAUGUGAACCUCAGGGAAGAGCUUCGGAUUAAAACUGGAAAAGAGCCUUCGAAACUAGACGUUUUUAUUCAUUCAAGACAAGGAAAACAAAUGGAUGAGUUGACUUCACAAACAAUUGCAACUAUGAAUGAGGAAAUACAAAAACUGCCAGAGACAUCCAGGGAUGAUAAUUUUGUGAAAGAUAUACUCUAUGAAAAUAUUCUUGGACCUGAAAAACCAGGUCGUCUUCGAACUUAUGGGGUAGGUGCGACUCCAAAAGACGUGUAUAGGAUGUCAGAUAACAUGAAUGAUGGACAAAAGAAAGCAUUUGAGGAUGCAGUGAAUGAGAAAGUGGAAAUCAUACGUGGUGAACUACGAGAAGAAAUGAAUUCGAAAUUGGCAGAUUUUAAGGAGGAGUUGAUUGCUCAAUUUGAAGCAAGAAUGAGGGCAUCCACAUGUGACUUGGCAUCACUCCAAAGAAGAGAAAUGAAUGCAGCAAAACAAUCUCAAAUUUCGGACUCAUUAGAGGUUGGUGAUAGAAUGAACAGGGAAGUUGGAACAAAUGAUGCUGAAAUGUACAAGGAAGUUGGAACAAAUGAUGCUGAAAUAAACAAGUGUGAAAUGAAUAAAAAAGUUUCUUCAAUUGCUGAUAUUCUUGAGAACCAUCAUACAAAGAAGAAAAGGAGCAGGACUACUUGCAAACGACUUGCUUGAGGGGACUAAUAGAAUACACUUUGCAGCCCUGGACUUGAUGGUACAUUGGAAGCAUGCGGAUUGGGAGAUAUGAAGAUGUUUUUGAGAGAUGUAUGAUAAAGUGUUGUACUUUUGAAGACAAGCACAUUUUGGAAUAUAUGAAAUAUCUUGUAAUUGGAGCGAACAAUAUUAAAUGAUAAAGUUUGUAGAAUUUGACUAAAACAAUGUAUGGUACUUUAUUCUAGUGUAUUGUGGAACUAUAUUUUGUUAUAAUAU